GCCGAGCCAUGUUGUAGGAAAUCCGCUUGCGGCGGAUUAUUGUAAUCCGACAGAGGGUCUGGACGACACAUCGGAUCACGACAGCAGAGCGGAGCCCAGCGGCCUGUAACAGAUGCAGCUCGUCCCAGAAUAAAGGGAUAAAGUUGAGAUAUGAUCUGACGCACCGCGCGCUGCUCCCGCACGCACUCAUCGGCGGCGCACGGGCCGUUUCCUGGACCAAUCGAUCCGCCUCGCGGACACUGACAGCGGCCAGGCACCGCACAGCAGAGAGGGAGAGGAACCAGCUUUAAUCUGUUAGUUAAAGACAUCUCCCCCUUCUCCCUUCCCCCCCUUAGCCAGGUUUAAGUCCGGCUCGGCUCGGCUCGGCUCGGUUCUGCUGCUGCCGCCGCUGCUGACACGCAACUAGCUAGCGCGGCUAGCUCACCCCAGCUAGCUAGCUAGCUAGUAAGGAAUUUAGCAAGUUUAGUCAGGAAUUUAGCAAAUUCUCCGACCCGCAGCCCGCAAGGAGGGAGGAUGUCGGCGAAAGACCCGAACAAACUCUCCACCACGGACCGACCCAUCAAAGCGGUGCCAUAUCCUCCCGGUACACGCCUAACCAUCAAAGACCUGUAUGUGGACGGGAGGCCCAGCGUGGAGGUGCUGAAGGCCCAUCUGGUGAAGGAGGGCCGGCUGGAGGAGGAGACGGCCCUGCGAAUCAUCAACGAGGGCGCCGCCAUCCUCCGCCAGGAGAAAUGCAUGCUGGAAGUGGAAGCCCCCAUCACAGUGUGUGGAGACGUCCACGGGCAGUUCUUUGACCUGAUGAAGCUCUUUGAGGUGGGCGGAUCCCCCAGCAGCACCCGCUACCUGUUCCUCGGAGACUACGUGGACCGAGGGUACUUCAGCAUCGAGUGUGUACUGUACCUGUGGGCUCUGAAGAUCAACCACCCCAACACCCUCUUCCUCCUCAGAGGCAACCACGAGUGCCGGCACCUCACAGAGUACUUCACCUUCAAACAGGAGUGUAAAAUAAAGUACUCUGAGCGUGUUUAUGAUGCCUGUAUGGAUGCGUUUGACUGCCUGCCUCUGGCUGCUCUCCUCAACCAGCAGUUCCUCUGUGUGCACGGAGGUCUGAGCCCUGAAGUCACCUGCCUGGAUGACAUACGAAAGCUGGACCGGUUUAAGGAACCUCCUGCGUUCGGGCCGAUGUGCGACCUGCUGUGGUCGGACCCGGGGGAGGACUACGGCUCAGAAAAGACCCAGGAACACUUCUGCCAUAACAGCGUCAGAGGCUGCUCUUAUUUCUACAGUUACCCAGCAGUCUGUGACUUCCUGAUGAACAAUAACCUGUUGUCUGUAAUACGAGCACAUGAAGCCCAGGAUGCAGGGUAUCGAAUGUACAGGAAAAGUCAGACGACAGGCUUCCCUUCUUUAAUUACAAUAUUCUCUGCUCCGAACUACCUGGACGUGUACAAUAACAAAGCGGCGGUGCUGAAAUAUGAGAAUAACGUGAUGAACAUCCGGCAGUUUAACUGCUCCCCUCACCCCUACUGGCUGCCCAACUUUAUGGACGUCUUCACCUGGUCUCUGCCCUUCGUCGGAGAGAAAGUGACAGAGAUGCUGGUGAACGUGUUGAACAUCUGCUCUGACGACGAGCUGAUGUCAGAAGGGGACGACACAUGUGAGGGUGGAACUCCGGCUGUCAGGAAGGAGGUGAUCAGAAAUAAGAUCCGGGCGAUCGGAAAGAUGGCUCGUGUCUUCUCUGUGCUCAGAGAGGAGAACGAGAGCGUGCUGCAGCUGAAGGGCCUGACCCCGACAGGAACGCUGCCCGUGGGAGUUCUGUCCGGAGGGCGGCGAACUCUGCAAAGCGCCACCGUAGAGGCAGAAGAGGCACGAGCCAUUCAAGGCUUCAACCCGCAGCACAAGAUCCAGAGCUUCGAGGAGGCCCGAGGUCUGGACCGCAUCAACGAGAGGAUGCCCCCCCGCCGCGACAGCAAGCCCCAGGAGGCCGCCCCCUCCCUCAACAACCUGCCGGCCAGCCCCGGACCUCCGGACAAGAACGGCACCAACGCGCAGGCCUAGAUCCUCCCCCCGUCCUCCCUCCUCUUAUCUCCCUCCUUCUUCCUCUCCUUCCUCCCUCCUCCUCCCUUGCUUCCUCCCCGCCCCCCCUCUAUUCUCCGUUUAAGAGCAGGAGAAGAAGCGACUCUCACCACGCUUAAUUUAUUUUAUCAUCUAUUAAAUAUCAUAGUUUAAGACUGAACAGGAUAAAAUCUCAGCCGUACGUGGACUUGCUAAAGGCAAUCAGUGCCCAGUCGAAUCCAUUUUGUAACCAGGAGGCUGGUGUUCGGGUGUUCAGCGUUUUUAUUUUGGCGGGGGGAGGAAGUGACGCUCAUUCGAACGCCGUCUCCGCACACACACAGAAACGAUUGCAUAAAGUCCAUCCUUUCUUAUGCCAAUGAUAGUGUGACUGAGCUCUGAGGAGCAAGUAUUGACAUUUAUAUUAUAUACUGUAUGUAUAUUUUAAUUGUUCCCUCUUUUCAAUGUGAUGGUUUUUUUUGUUUUUUUACAACACAUAGAUUUAGGCUUAAUUAUCCAGAGUGGGGGAGAACG